UCCACGCCGCCUGCAACGACACCACUUCGACAAUCCGAACAUACUGACUCCUAGGUCCCACAUCUUCGGUGCGCAUUUUUCCUUUGACAUCCUUUCUGGAUUCAAUAUACUGACAAACCAAAGAAUCAGCCCAUCAUGGUCAAGAAGCGAGCAUCCAACGGCCGUAACAAGAAGGGUCGUGGCCACGUUAAGCCCAUCCGCUGCUCCAACUGCUCGCGAUGCACUCCCAAGGACAAGGCAAUCAAGAGGUUCACCAUCCGCAACAUGGUUGAAUCUGCUGCCAUCCGUGAUAUCUCUGAUGCUUCCGUGUUCCCCGAAUACACUGUCCCCAAGAUGUACUUGAAGCUUCAGUACUGCGUCUCGUGCGCCAUCCACGGCAAGAUUGUCCGUGUCCGUUCCCGUGAGGGCCGCCGCAACCGUGCUCCCCCGCCACGCGUCAGGUACAACAAGGACGGAAAGAAGGUCAACCCCCAGCAGCAACCCGCCAAGGUCGCUGGCGCUCAAGCUUAAAGGGGAGAUGGUGCGAUUGAGGAAUGAAUAAC